UUUUCGGAAAAUCAAGGAAACCCAUCAAGGAUUAUGGAUCAGAUGGAUAUUGAUCGUGUGCCAGAUGUUCCUGACACCCCUGAUAGACUGACUGCACAGGAGAUUAAGGGGAAGAGCAGUGGAAGAAGAUGCAGUAAUUUGUCCAUCUCUGGUAACCGCAAUAGUUUUGAUGGACUAACUAGAACUCAGUUUAAGGUUAAUGAUAAUGGGAGUGGGAAGUGUUCUAUGGGUACUCCAAAAAGUGCCAUUAUUUCGUCUGAUCACCACAGUUCAGACUUUGUCUCAGGAAAUCCAUCAUACUCCAACAACCCUUCAUUUUUUCGAAGAAUGAAAACUGAUGAAAUUCAUAAUCAUGAGCGCAUAAAUUUUCAACCUAGAAAGACUGAUAGAUCGGUUUAUGUACCAUCAUCUGCUGACCAAGAUGGCUGUCUGGUAGAUCUGACUGAACGACAUGGACAUAAUGGACUGCAUAAAAAUGUUUUCCCCCGUGGAGCACCGGCAAGUAACAUGGGGAGUUCUUCUAUAACAUCAUGCUUUGUUAAUAAAGGUAAAGAGCCUAAAGACACUAUUUCAGGCUUUGAUCGUGGUAAUGUAGUUAAUUGCACCCAACUUAAAGCUGGCAAGGUUGCUUCCACAUCUUUAGGUUCAACUAGGUUACCUAGAGCUACUGGUCAAAAGAGAUUGGUUCGAAAUGGAUGCAUUUCUCCACACAACAUAGCAAAGGCUAAACAGUCUGUUGUGAUGGACAAUGAUGGCUUGGAUGGUGGAGCUAAUCAUAGUGUACGGGCUGUAUCCAGUUCUCCACAGAUUCCAAUUGGUAAAAUGGAAUGGAUUGGUGAAGACCUUAGCUAUGAUAGAACAAAGGGCAAAGGUGUUAUGAAGAUUCCUUCAUCAGUCAAAGAGCCUGAUGCUCAAAGUGCUCAUCCGCCUAGCAGGAAUCCUGUUGUGAUCAAUGAGGUAGUUAAUGAAGUUAGUGACACCAAUGGAGAUGCAGGUAUAAGCUUUGAGGAACUUAGUGGAUGGAGAAAUACACGUAACCGAAGUAAGAAAGGCAAUUUGCCUUGCUCUCGUGAGAAUAGCAGUAUUCCUAGGGAUAGUCCUGGCUUAAACAAGGGUUUGCCUUGGCAUACGGUGGAGAGGGGAGAAACUGGAAGUGCAACUGGGACCAGUCACAGCAAUCCUUUGGAUCUUGAUGCAACCUCUAGUCGAGAUGCCUCUUUGCCUUUUGGAGAGCAAAGGACAUCCCAUGUUGGGUCUCAAGUAGGCCAAUUCAACAGGCACAGCUCUUUUGCAAAAUCACUGUCCAAGAGACAAAGGCAGGGGUUUGCCUCAAGUAGCCAUGGUGAAUGCUCUAGAGCAGCCAUGGAUAAUUCAGAUGUUAUACUUCUUGGCUCACCUGAGAAUAAUGCAGGACAACCAAGAACAAGUGGGACAGUUAGUCAAAACAGCUUCCACUCAUUAGAGCCAGUUAUUGAAAUUGAUGAAACUAAUCCUGAAGUUAGAGGUGAUGGAUCUAGCAAUGUUGGUAGCAAUAGUAAUGAUGCUGGUGAUAUGGCCAGACAAAUCGAAGCUGAUGAAAUGUUAGCUCGGGAACUGCAAGAACAGCUUUAUAAUGAGGCACCUGGUGUUGGUGUUGGUGAGAUCGAUGCGCAUGUGGCAUUGGCCUUGCAGCAUGGAGAGGAUUUAUCACCCAUUUUUCCUAGAAGUCGUGCAUUUCAUGCUAGAAACUCAUCUACAACUAGCUCUUCUAGACAGUCUCAAUCAAGCUCAGCUCUGGGCCUCUUGCGUAGAGGUUCUCAAGCUCGAGCCGCUUCUGGCAAUAGAAUGGCUAGGUUGAGAAAUCGUUUUCCUGGACGGCCUCGUACUAUAUCAUCAUCUGGAGAGAGAAACCCUGUCUUUCCUGCAGACAUGGAUGUUGACCUUAGGAUGUAUAUAUUGGAAACAUUAGAGGCGAUCAAUGACAUGGGCGUAGCCAAUGGCUUUCUUCAAACCCAGCGUGACUUUAAUGAGAAUGACUAUGAAAUGCUGUUAGCCCUUGAUGAGAAUAAUCACCAACAUGGCGGUGCAUCUACUGCUCAGAUUAAUGGUUUGCCACAAUCGACAGUUCAGAGUGACAAUCUCGAAGAAGCUUGUGCGAUUUGUCUUGAAACACCAUCCUUGGGGGACACUAUACGCCAUCUUCCUUGCCUUCACAAGUUCCACAAAGAUUGCAUCGAUCCAUGGCUGAGGAGAAGAAGAUCAUGCCCAGUCUGCAAGUCAUCAAUAACAUGAGUAAUUUCUGCCAGUCUAAAGAAAGAAAUUACUCAUUUUUGUGGCGAGCAGGGCCCUGGCACCACAGGUGGGCCUUUUAUGGAUUAUUCAGGUAACAUAUGGCAAGUCUUUUUGUCGCCUCAAACUUUUGCUUUGUCGUUUGAUGGCUUCUUUUGAAAAGCCUCAUGUAACUACUACCAAUAAAGAUUUUUGAGUUUUUAGCUAUAUAGUCUUAUGGUUAUUAAUGGUAAAGCUUGAGAGCAAGCACAUGGACUCUUACAAUGUGUGCUAACUGCGUUGAGCAUUAUUACUUGGCUUUGGAAAUGAAUGGAAAUAUGCAGCUUCUCCACGGGUUAGAGCAAGCUGCAUAGUGAAAUGAUAAAGUAGGUGCAGAAGGGGAGCCACAAGCUUUUGAUUAGGCAUCAAUCACAUCUUGGAUGGAUUUGAUGUCGCUCUCUGAUGACCGUAUUGAUUUUGUAAAAUGUUGGCCAUCCAUAUACCCAUGUUUUUGUUUUUUUUUUUCGAAUCUUCAGAGCCAGAAGGUGCGAUGGCCUUCCCCUGGCACUGAAACUUCUUGUUGAGAAAAGCAGUAAUAAGAUGUUUGCUUUAUGCUUUGAUGCAGUA